AUGCAUUCCUGCGAAACCUGCCGUGGAGAUGGCAUCAAAGGGACAGUUUGCCCAACGUGUGGUCACCCUGAUCCUGAGGCGAAAAAGCAACAAGUGCUAGCCAAUGUUCAGGUACACGAUCGGCUCUACUAA